AUGUCUUCUCCUGGUUGGAUGCAAAAUCAUCGUCAUCUCAUCGGAGAUCGCAUCCUCUCAAAAAUUUGCCUCCCAUCCGCCCACGAUGCUGGCACAUAUCACCUCAGAUUCGGCACAGUUGGAGGUGACCAACUCCAUCUCGGCGUCAGGCAUCUGGAUAUCCGAGCAACAUAUGCUUUCCUGCCAGGUUCUUUCCACAGACCCUUCAGCGGCACCCAAAGUGGUUGGUACUGCGGUCAUUACACACCAGAGGGUCAAAAAUUUGGAGUUGGCUGGCAGGGCGGCAGUGGUGCUUCUAUCGAUGAACUUGUUGAGCAGGUCAAUGAGUACACGCGCGAUCAUGCUGAGCUAGUCAUUCUCAAAAUCUCCCACGUCGUUGUCCUCCGACACUCGAAGCUCUGGGCUACCGAGGAACCCUUGACACCGGACCAUGUAACCAGUUUGAUGGCGUCGCUGGGUCAACUGAACCACUUGUUCACAGUGACAAAUGCUUCAGGAGGCAAGGAAAAGGCCCUACACGACUACACACUCAACGGAUUCGUCGGAGAUGGCCAAGCUGCUGUGAUUGUCUUGAUUGAGGACCUCGACAAGAUAUCCGCUGCUGUGGCUUUCGAGCAUGGCUUCUGGCCCGGGACUUCGCUCUCCUUCAAUCAAGAGUCUGUCACACAUACUCAGGGUGCAAAGGAGGCAAUAUUUUCGCUUGUACUGCCAAGCGACAACAGCUUCACUGUUCUCAAGCUUGCCGAGGCGGUGCAACAGAAACGCUUUCCCUGGCUACUACAAGAUCUGGCCAAUUAUGAACUCACCAAGUCCCUGAUAGAGAUGGACAAGAUCGAGAACGCUGAUCUUCUCACUUUUUGUCUUGCCUCUACCAUAUAUCGACUCCAUCAGGACAAUAGACAAGAGAAACAGCCUGUCAUUGUUUAUGGAGGCACUCUUGUCACAGAUCCAGCUGUUCAAGCUAGAGUGCAGGCCACCAUCAACCAAGGGGAAAGUCUCGUAGCAGACAACGAAAACUUGAUUGACAGUUGGCAAGGUAUGCCCAAGUCUUGCGCUGUCUUGUACUCCCAGAACGGCAUAAUCAAGGGUCGCUGGGCAAGAGAAUUAUCGGUUCUCCACUUCGAGCACGACAUCCUUCAUCUUGAAUGUGGUGAAAAUGAGAUUCUUACUCAACGCCAGUACCUCGACUUGCUAAAAGCUAGUGUCGAGAUACCCAGGGUCAACAUUUCGAAUCAAACCGUCAUUGGAGGGGACGAGGAUGAUAGUCAGAGAGGAGUCCGCAAGACUUUUGUAAUCCGCUAUCGGCUUCCCAAUCACAGGGAGAUUUGCGAGGAGAGUGUUCUUGAGGGCAAUGAUUUGGUGUGGCAAAGGUGUUGA